UGGGUGCGUUAGAUGCUGGACUCUCUCUCCGCCUGCUUUGUCGGGGAUGUACUGAAGAGAGGAGCAGCUCCCCCGGGGACUCUCUGCUGUGCACCCCUCGCCUCCCUUUGGUGCCAGUUUUAACACGGUUGCAGACUGAAGACCCCGGCCGGCGUGCUCUCUGUGUAAAGAAAACCUUUAGCCAUGGAUGUAUUCAUGAAAGGGCUUUCCAAGGCUAAAGAAGGAGUUGUGGCAGCAGCAGAAAAAACCAAACAGGGUAUGGCAGAAGCAGCAGGAAAGACGAAAGAGGGCGUUCUCUAUGUAGGUUCCAGGACUAGGGAUGGAGUUGUUCAUGGUGUCACAACAGUGGCUGAGAAAACCAAAGAACAAGUGUCUAAUGUCGGGGGAGCUGUGGUGACGGGAGUGACGGCAGUAGCGCAGAAGACAGUGGAAGGAGCAGGCAAUAUUGCUGCAGCCACUGGCUUAGUCAAGAAGGAUCAGUUGGCCAAACAGAAUGAAGAAGGAAUCUCGCAGGAAGGAAUGAUGGAUAAUACAGAUAUGCCAGUGGACCCAGAUAAUGAGGCGUAUGAAAUGCCUCCUGAGGAAGAGUAUCAAGAUUAUGAACCUGAAGCAUGAAAAUCUCUUCCCUCUUUCUAUCUUCUGAAAUCUACUAACAAAGACGUCCUGUACAAGUGCUGAGUUCCAAUGUGCCCAGUUGUAAACUUUUUUUUUUUAUUUUUACAGUUUUUACAGUGUAUUUUGAAGUCUUCCAUCAGCAAUGAUUGGAGUGUCUGGGUCUGCACCCAGCUUUCAUUCCAGUGAUUCCCUCCCACUGAAAUGAACAACUGGGUGGCAGGGCCAUUGUCGUGCUGUGGAUAUUGUGGCUUCAAGUUUUAAAAGUAAAAAAAAAAAAAAAAA